ACGAGGGGGCUAAUAAGAACCAGAGAGAGGGAGGAUCUAUAACUUCCAGAUGGCGAGGAGCCCGUAAUCCCUUUGGGAAGAAUUAGAGACUCAUCCGCACAGCACAGCCUGGCGAGGGAAACAAAACAUGACACCUCUGUCUCCGGGAGCUUUGCACAGGUUCAGCUGAGAGGCCAAAGUCGUCCCGAUGCAAACUCUCCUGACUCCUGUGCCCUGAGCCGCCUCGCUUUGUCUCGUGGGGCCCGGCUGCUGCCGGGAGUCAGUCCCUGUGCGCCGAACUAUUUCUCGUUUUAAUUGAUUGCAUGUUCUUUAACGAAACUCCAUCCGGGUCUCGCUCCUCCUGAAGUGGAAAGUGACUUCUUUGUCACUGUCAGCAGAGAGACAACUUCUUUUUUUAUGUCCCGUGGGAUUGUAAAGCAUCUUUCUUGCUGGAUUUCACCUCCUGUCCGAGUGUGUUUUGAGGAAUUACAGGCCUAUUCCCAUGGCUAUAUAAACCACAGGGUUCUGUGGACUUCUUCCUCCCACACCGCUGUCGCCCCGACUUGUCCAUGAUGGGGCGAGAGCAGGAGCUGAUCCAGGCAGUGAAAAAUGGGGAUGUACCUGGUGUGCAGAAACUGGUGGCCAAGAUCAAAGCGUCCAAGAGCAAGCUCCUGGGAUCUGCCAAGCGCCUGAACGUGAACUACCAGGAUGCAGAUGGAUCCAGCAGGGUCGGCGAUGGGAACAUGCGCGCAGGGUCUGUUCCCCUUCGCAGAGGGCUGCGUGAGACGUUCCCGUUCUUAAAAUCGCUGGCGGGGAUGCGCCCCUUGCACUACGCUGCCUGGCAGGGGCGAGUGGAGCCGGUGCGCGUGCUGCUGCGGGCCUCCGCCUCGGUCAACAUGGCCUCGCUGGACGGGCAGAUCCCGCUGCACCUCUCUGCGCAGUACGGCCACUACGAGGUGUCGGAGAUGCUGCUCCAGCACCAGUCCAACCCCUGCCUCGUCAACAAGGCAAAGAAAACCCCCUUGGACCUGGCCUGCGAGUUUGGGCGGCUGAAGGUGGCUCAGUUGCUGCUGAACAGCCACCUAUGCGUCGCCCUCCUGGAGGGCCAGUCCAAGGACGCGACUGACCCCAACUACACCACCCCACUGCACCUCGCGGCCAAGAACGGGCACAAGGAGAUCAUCAGGCAGCUGCUGAAAGCCGGGAUUGAGAUCAACAAGCAGACAAAGACGGGCACAGCCCUGCAUGAGGCCGCGCUCUACGGCAAGACUGAGGUAGUGCGCUUGUUGCUGGAGGGCGGCGUCGACGUGAACAUCAGGAACACCUACAACCAGACAGCCCUGGACAUCGUGAACCAGUUCACCACCUCGCACGCCAGCAAGGAUAUCAAGCAGCUGCUGAGAGAGGCAUCAGGAAUCCUGAAGGUUCGAGCUUUAAAGGAUUUUUGGAACCUCCAUGACCCGACUGCUCUCAACGUCCGGGCAGGUGAUAUCAUCACGGUCCUGGAGCAGCACCCAGACGGGCGGUGGAAGGGACAUAUCCAUGAUGCUCAGAAAGGCACCGAUCGGGUCGGAUACUUCCCCCCCUCCAUUGCCGAAGUCAUCAGCAAGCGCACAGGCAUGAUUCUCCCCCGCCUGGCGCCCGCACACCAGCACCAGGGCCCCCCCGGGGCCCUCACUGCCCCCCCCAGCAGGCUGCAGCACCUCCCCGACGAGUGUCCACACCAGACAGCCCCGAGCGUCCCAGCAGCCUAUGGCCACCUCACCCUAACCCGGAUGGUCCCGGGCCCUGACAGCUCAGCAGGAGACAGGAACAGCGUGGGCAGCGAGGGCAGCAUCUGCAGCAUCUGCAGCGCCGGCAGUGGCCAGAGCACCGAGGGCACCAACGGGCAGAGCACCACCAUCCUCAUUGAGAACGCCAGGCCGCUGCCCUCCGCCGGCGAUGACCUCCAGCAGCACCUUUUGGGAUCAGAGCCGCGCAACGGGCAGCUGAACUCCUCGGCAGGGCCCCUGGGCCACCAGACCCCCGGCAGCUGCCCCCCUGGAGACAAGGUCUUCUCCCAGCAGUUCCUGCGUCCUGAGCAGCUCCUUGAGGGGAAGGAUGCAGAAGCCAUUUACAACUGGCUGCGUGAGUUCCAGCUGGAGUCGUACACUGCCAACUUCCUCAAUGCCGGCUACGAUGUCCCCACCAUCAGCCGCAUGACCCCAGAGGAUCUGACAGCCAUCGGCGUAACCAAACCAGGGCACAGGAAGAAGAUCUCCACCGAGAUUGGACAGCUCAGCAUCGCUGAGUGGCUGCCCAACUACAUCCCGGCUGACCUGAUGGACUGGCUCAGUGCCAUAGGGCUGCCCCAGUACCACAAAAAGCUGGUGAACAACGGUUAUGACUCCAUCACGAUCGUGACGGACCUGACCUGGGAAGAUCUGCAAGAGAUCGGCAUCAACAAGCUGGGCCACCAGAAGAAGAUUAUGUUGGCCGUCAAGAAGCUCAGAGACCUCCGCAAAAGCCUGAACCAAGCAGAAGCGACGCUGGCAAGACGCAAAGUCCCCGGUGCCCUGGACAUCGUCACCAUCGAGUCACUGGAGAAUGGGGAGUGCCAGUCCCCACACACCCCCAAGAUGACGACGUUCCAGGACAGCGAGCUCAGCUAUGAGCUCCAGACAGCCAUGUCCAACAGUUGCCACGAGACGCUCAGCAUCAAGAGCAGCCAGGGGAUGUCACGGAGCCAGGAGAGCAUCGGGGUGCGGUCCAGGGGUUCGGGGCACUCGCAGGACAAUGUGCUGUCCCGGCGCCUCUCCAGCCCCUCACAGGAGAGCCUGGGCAGCGGGGAGAGCAGCGGCAGCAGCGGGCAGUCCUGCACGCAGCCCCACAGCAAGGAGAGCCCAGCCAGCCUGCCGGGACGGCCCAGCCCCGAGCCCUACGGGAAGCUCGCCUCCCCGGAGAGUCCACCCAAGCCUCUCCUGGCCCCGAAGCCCCUGAACGUGGCUCAGGACUCUCUCCCCAGGGAAGGUGAGGACGAUAAGUCCUACAACACUGAUGACUCUGGCAAUGCCAGGCUUUCAGAUGCCAGCAGGGAUCCCUUUGAGAGCAGCAAGCCCCGGAGACGAACAUUUAGCGAGCCCAGCGCUCCCAUGACGGAGGCUGUGGAGGGCAGGCGGGAAGACGCUUGCUCAGAUACGGAAGAGGAGGUUAAGGCAGAGGUUUCCACCUCCUCCUCCCAGAACAGCUCCAGCGAGUGCAUCCCCUUUGCAGAAGAAGGCAACUUAACCAUCAAACAGCGCCCCAAGCCCUCCGGGCAUCUCAAGACCGACCCAGCUGUGCCAGACACAGAGCCCAGCUCCCAGGCCAUGGAGCCCUCCUGCUCCACUGGGAAGGAGCCAGGGGUGCCCGUUGCCAGCAAAGAGCCACCCAUGCUGGAAUUCAACCUCACCGAAUCGGACACGGUUAAGCGCAGGCCCCGCUUUAAGGAGCGGGAGCCGCUGCAGACAGUGCUGAAGGCGUUCAGCCUGGCGGGGCAGGCCGAGGCGGGGGCGAACUCGGCGCCGCAGUACGCGCAAGCCCAGAGCCUCGCGGGCCCGGCCACACACAGGCCAGAGCCGCAGGCCAGGCUGGCUGGAGAUGCCUUUGAUGACGACAACGUGGAGUUCAGGAUUGCUGAGAUAGAGAAGAGCAUCUUGUCCCUGGAGAAGGGCAUCAAGAAGGCACCGAGUCCUGUGAAACCCCCCAGCCCCUCGGAGCUGCUCGGCACCACUGUGCUGAGGACGCCAACUCCAGAUGUCCCAGCCAAACACACCUCCGUGGCAUCUACCAAGCUGGUAUUCUCCGGGCCCAAGACCAUCUACCAGCAGGUCCUGCAGCCCUCUCGCCACACCGUCGCUCCCUGGGCAGCUGCCGAGACGGUGCCGGAUGUGAUCGGACCCCUGGCUGGUUCUGGCUCUCUGAACCUGGAGCCUGGCAGCAAGGUGUUGGUGAAGCCUUUGGGGGCGGCGCCAGGAGCCGCUUUGGCCCAGCAGAGGCUGGAACAGACCAACUCCACCCUGGCUGCUGCACUGCAGGCCGCUGAAAAGAAGAUAACGACAGAGGAGGCAGAGAGCCACCCUGGGACCGUGCACUCAGCCAAGAACAUCCUGGAAGACAUCAGCAACAUGUUUGACGACCUGGCCGACCAGCUGGAUGCAAUGCUGGACUGAGGCUUGCUCCCUUCUUCCCCUCCCCACCUCCGGCUGCUCCGCAAACGCCCGUUGUGAUGGGGGAAGAGUGGAUCUAGGACCCGAGUGGUGUCUCCAGGUCUCUCCAGCUGCCUCCCUUCCUGCACUUUACACCACGGCUAGAAACACAUCUGUCCCUUCCUCAGCCGCCCAGCGUCACUGGCCCAAGAGCUGCCUGGCUCUGUAUCACACGCUCCAACACGACCGCGGGCUGGUUUCCGAGAGGGUCAGGCAUUUCCCACCAGACUGGCAGCAGGAGGAGAGCCCAGAGGGCCUGCACAUGUGGUCCAGGAGGCCACAGAGAAAACCUCACUCCCUUGCACAGAGCUGAAGAGCCUCCACAAGGGACCUUUCUCUUCCCUCGCUGCGUUGCUGAAGUCCUGCCUCUUAUUAUUUAUCCCCUGCCAACAAUGUGUCAAAGGAGAGACCUCCCCGGGCAGCCGCCACGGAGCUGGCUAUUUACUGAGCAGAUCUCAGCCCCAGCAGAGCCUGACAGCAGCUAAAAGAAGACAGGGCUUGUCGCGACUUGGCAGCUUGCAGAGUGAGAAGGAACCUUCCUGCUUUAUUUGAUGCUUUUCCGAACAUGUCAGCGUCAGGCAGCGUGUAAUCUGAGUGGAUCGAAAUCCCCCCACAGGGCCCAAAUCCCCAUCCCCAAGACUGGGGCUGGCACAGCCUGCAUCCUGUCGAGCAGCAAACGCUCUGCCGCAGGCCCUGCCGGAGGUGGAGGUCUACCUGCACCUUUCCCAGGGCGAGGAGGGUGAUUUGCAGCGCUGAAGGCCAAGAAGGGCUGUGCAAUUGUGCCAGUCCGGCUGGAUCGUGCUGCUAAAUCGAGGCUGCCCUCUGCUGACACUGUGCCUACGCAAACCGCCAGCCCCGCUGCUUCUAGGGAUGAAGUAGCAAAGUGGUUAGCACUAAUUUUAUUUUUUUCCUUCUUUUCCUCCUCUGCCCCUUUUUGGGGGAGAAAAUGGUCCCUCUUCCCACUAACCCUCAGUGCAGGGAGAUCCUGGCACAAACUCAGCUGUGAACUUUGGUAGACAGUAGCAGCAUUUGGGACUACACGAGAUGCUCCCUUGCAGCUCCAAACCCCAGCGGGAGAGGUGACCCCACAUGCACUGGGUGAAUUCAGCUCAGCAACAGCUACUGUAAAUACACGCCGGAUGCAGUCGCAGCCCUGUGGCUGCAGCAGGGGAACAGCAGCGAUAGCUCGUUGCGUCCAAGCAGUAGGAACGGCUGCAUAGCUUGAAGACAGAGUUCUCUAGCAGGAUCUGUUUAGUAGUGCAUGUCUAAAUAUGUCCAAGAGCCCCGAACUUGGCUUGCGCUCGGCAUGCCAAGCAAAUGAAAGCAGCAGAGCACCAGAAGGGAACCCAAGAUUGUACUAAAGUGCCAUUUGUUGCAAAAAUCCCAAACAAAGGGAAAGGGAAACCUCCACCCCUUUAAAAAAAAAACCCACCAACACAAAACCAAACGGUAAGGGAGAAAGUGGCUGAAGAGGCAGUUGCUUCCCACUUUUGGGGGGGAGUUUGCAACUGAAACAGCAGACUCUUUACAGCACCACGUCCCCCUGCACUGGAAAGGAAGCAGCCCCUCGCAUGGGGCGCCCACCUGGACGCUUCCCAGAGGGCCUUGGCUCACCAGCGGCAGUUGUGCCGCGCGCCCAGCCAGCGGGAGAUGCCAGUCUGGCUUCUAGGUUAAAAAGUAAAGACAAGCCCUGAAAUAAAAAAAAAUUGGUUGGUUGGCUGGGCCUUGAGGUCAAUUUGAGGUGCUGAAGGCACCUGCACCCUGGCGAGUUAGUUGUUCUGUGUUUUAUACAUCACAUUGUGUGUUAAAAUGACCAUGUCUGACAGACAAGUGCUACAUCGUGGACCUGAUUGUUUUUAAAUAGCUGCAACCAGUGGCACUUUAUCAAAAGGUUUGCAGAAACCUUUUAAAACUAAUUUUUACUCUCACACAAAUCAAGCACCUGGAACAAGCCCAGGUGGUUUUUUUUUUUUUCCAAUGUUGAUAUACUGUAAAUGUUUUUUAAAGGCCAAUGUAUAUAUUUUAAAUGUGAUUUAUUAUAUAUAUUUACUAACCAGAAUUGCAAGUCUUGUACUCUAGGGUCAGGGAUAAGAGGACACUGGGGUGGAGCUGAGUCGCUGUCUGAGCCACCUGAGGGCAGCACCACGCUGCUCUCAUUGUCAAUAAGGGAACUAAACAUUUGAUUUUGAGAAGAAUGCCUAUUUUUUGAGCUCUAGAUCUUUAUUUUAAAGCUACUGUAUGGUGUGUAAGUUAUGUACACUGCAACUGGGACUAACUGACCCUGGCUGCACCUGCUCCGUGCAGCAAGGCAGUGAGGGAAAAAAUAGCCCGUGUAAUCACCCGACUGACAACAGAUUUUAAACCAUCUGCUCUCUUUGUGUUAAUCAUGUGUUUUUUGUUUUCCACUAACAUCCAUUAAGACUAAGUUCUAUUAAACAGUGGGGCAUAUUUUACCCUUUUGAUA